GAAAAAAAGGGGAUGCUAAUAGCAAAUUGCGUGGGUUUAUCGAAUUAAGCAUCCCGUAAAAAAGCAUAUACCCUAGUUUACUUUCUUUCUUCAAAUCGCGCGCGGUCCUCCCUUCUUCGCCGGUAACUGCCGCAGCGGCGAACUUCUUCAUCGGAGUUUCAUUUCCUCUCCCCUUCUUCAUCCUGAAACUCUACAGGGAGAAUUUUCAUUAAACCUUAAAAUUCACAAAUAAUUUUCUAAACCCUAAUUCUUCUGUCGAGUUUGCAGAGUCCUUACAGCAAUGUACGGCGGUGAUGAAGUGUCAGCUAUAGUUAUUGACUUGGGUUCACAUACCUGUAAAGCUGGUUAUGCCGGUGAAGAUGCUCCCAAAGCUGUGUUUCCUUCUGUUGUUGGAGCUAUUGAUCAAAUGGAUGUUGAUGAAUCAGAUGAUGCUGAAAAGAACUCUGGCUCUGGGGAAUCAAGGAACAAUAAUAGAAAUGCUGAUGGUGAUAAAGCUAAGGGAAAGAGAAAAUUGUACGUAGGAUCUCAGUCCUUGGGAUAUCGUAGAGAUUUUAUGGAGGUGUUGUCUCCAUUAAAAGAUGGAAUUGUUGCUGACUGGGAUAUUGUUGACAGCAUAUGGGAACAUGCCUUCAGGUUGAUACCAAUGAUACAUUCUGUUCUGACUUCUUUUGCAUCAGGGCGUGCUACGUCAUUAGUUGUUGAUAGUGGUGGAGGAUCAACUACAGUUGCACCGGUACAUGAUGGUUAUGUUCUUCAAAAGACUGUAGAUUUGGAUUUUCCAAAUACAACUGAAAGCUACAAACUCUACUCCCAGAGGGUGAUUGCUAGUGAUGUCAAGGAAUGCGUGUGUCGUGCUCCAGAUACUCCAUAUGAUGAGAGUGCAUAUUCAAACAUCCCAAUGACCCCAUAUGAGCUUCCUGAUGGCCAGACAAUUGAAAUUGGAUCUGACAGAUUUAAGAUUCCAGAUGUUCUUUUCAAUCCAUCCCUUGCUCAGACAAUUCCUUGCAUGGAGAGCUUUGCAGAAAUAGCUCCAUCAGUCCGUGGGCUGCCUCAAAUGGUUAUAGGAAGAAUUAAUAAGUGCGACGUAGACAUUCGAAGAGAACUAUUUAGCAGCAUACUGGCAACAAACUUUAUUGUUUCAGCUUGCUGGUGGCACAGCUUCAAUGCAACAACUGAAGGAACGCCUGGAGAAAGAUUUGCUAGAGGAAUCCCCUCAGGCUGCUAGAGUAAAAGUAUUGGCCAGUGGAAAUGCUACUGAAAGGAGGUUUAGGUGCGAUCUCUCUCUCUCUCUCUGCCAAUGCUAUGAUUUUGGUGGUUGAUGUUAAUCUUUUGCAGUUAUACUUUUGCCCUUUUGGUUAUAUCGUGCCAUUGACUACUCUGGUUUAUUGUAAAUUCAGUCAUUCAACAAGUUUGUUUCUUUUUUGUACAGUUAACUCUAUGGUUUUUUAAAAUUGUGCAUCAACAUAUAAGGUGGCUAUGGGUAUUUUCAGCUGAAAAGCAACAUUUAUAAGCCUGUUUGAGUGUAUUCAUGUUUUUUUUUUUUUUUAUUGAAGACUAUUCUAUAAAACAAUUUUGGAAAUUUGCUUUUCAAAACAACUAUUUGGUAAUAUUAAUUUGAAAACAAUCUUAGAGAUGAAAACAAAACCUACUUGGUAAUCUUUUGGAGAACAUAUUUU